AUGGAACCUCCACCCCCCUAUAAGGUUGAUAGAGACGACACGCUGGCGCCGCGGUGGUGGGAUGUGCGCGCCUGGUCGAAGAAGAAGUUGGCCUUGGUAGCUGCAGGCCUGGCCAUCGCGAUUGUGGUUCUGAUCGUCAUUAUCGUGGAGGUGACGAAGAACAACAAGUAUCCGGACUAUUCGAAGCUGAAUUACGCUCUUACCGAUACAUAUUCUGGCACCGGCUUCUUCGAUAAUUUUGACUACUUUACCGGAUAUGAUCCAGCUCAAGGCUUUGUUCAUUAUGUCCCUGCGGCCCAAGCAGACUCUCCGCAAUACAACCUCACAUAUGCAUCUUCCACAUCCGCCGUCCUUAAAGUAGAUACCAGCGUCAACGCAGACACAGUGCCCAACGCCUCCACCGGUCGCUUCUCCGUCCGUAUUGAAUCCAAGAAGCAGUAUUCGGACGGGCUCUUCAUCUUCGAUGUCAUCCACACGCCCACCGGCUGCGGCACCUGGCCCGCGCUAUGGCUCAGCGACCCAGCGAACUGGCCACAGAACGGCGAAAUCGACGUCAUGGAAGCUGUGAACGUCGUCGCCGCCAACACGGAGAACCAGAUGACCCUGCACACCUCUCCCGGGUGCAGCAUGAGCGUCAAGCGCAAGGAAACCGGCAAGUCGCUUUCGAAUAGCUGCGUGAACACCACGGAUGCCAAUGCAGGAUGCGGCGUGCACGCCGGGCCCUCUACCUUCGGCUCCGCGUUCAACUCUCAGGGCGGCGGCGUUGUCGCUAUGGAGCUGCGCAGCGAGGGCAUCCGCAUGUGGCAAUUCGCGCGCGCGGGCCUCCCGGCCGACAUCAAGAGCGGCAGCCCCGAUCCCAGCUCAUGGGGCGUAGCCACGGCCGAUUUCCCAGGCACGGAUUGCAAUGUUGGGAACCAUUUCCGGAACCAGAGCAUUAUCGCUAAUAUCGAUCUGUGUGGAAGCUGGGCGGGAACGCCGAAGAUCUAUGGCGAGAGUUGCCCAGGGAUCUGCACAGACUAUGUGGCGAACAACAAUACGGCUUUCGCUGAUGCGUAUUGGGAGUUUGGUACAUUCUCUGUGUAUAAAGCUACUUGA